UGUUUAGUUCAAGUAGAAGAAAAGUAUAUACAUGAAUAUAUUGUUCUCAUGUUCAAGUUUCAUCUUAACUUUCACAUGUGAUAUGCUGACUCACUUGUGAUGGCAGAGUUACAUAUAUUAGGGCAGAUAGUUGGAGCAAGUGGGUUUCCAGACCACAGUCUGUUCUGCAAGUGGGGAAUUCAUGCAGGAGGAGCAUGGAAAGUACUAGCAGGUUUACGUGAGGGCCAAACACAAGUGGACAAUCCACAGAAUGAAGACUUUGCGGUUUGGGCGCAUCCUGUUGAUGUACACUUUGCUACUAAAGGCCUGCAGGGUUGGCCAAAGUUCCACUUUCAGGUGUGGCACCAGGACACGUUUGGACGCAACGAGCUGUAUGGCUACGGCUUUUGCCACGUGCCGACGUCGCCGGGCAUCCACGAGCUCGAGUGCGCCACCUGGCGACCGGUUGGUAGCCUACGCGAGCAGAUAUCGCAGUACUUUCUCGGCGGCGGUCUGCAGCUGCGCAAUCCUGACCUCGUCUAUAGCGGCGUCGACCGCUACAAGCUGCACACGCAGGCAAUGGGCAAGGUGCAGCUCCACCUAGGGCUGGUCUUUAGAAACUUUGACAAGUACGGAAUGGAGUGCUGAUAUACGCGAUGAGAUUCGCCUACGCUUGGUGCUGAUUUCCGUGCGCUGCAACCCUGGCGCGUCACCAUCUGCCAUGCUAUCAGACAGUUCCAUGAGUUUCCGAAAUAUUGUUGCAAGUGGAAGGGUUGCGUGUACGUGGUGAUGCCGCCACCUACAUAUUUAUUAGGUUGUGGACACAGUAAUUACUACGGCUAUUUGACUGAAUUUUCCACGUGGUCAUAUGCUGAGAAAUCUUCUUUCCAAGGUGUCUAUAGUGAUAUUGUAAAUUCCGUCCUUGAGGUUUACUGUUGUUUAAUAAUUUAUCUUUGCGGUAUUUGUCAUCUUCUACGUCCAAGAAUGCACACUAUAAAUUCCUUUAUACAUCGUGCAAUCUCAAUUUAGUGUGGCAUGCUUUGACAGCAGAAGUUUAUACGAAAAAUCUUUAUAGUUUUAUUAUUCUUAAUAAACACUCGUCCAUUUUUAUGUAAACAUAAAUGCAUUCUAAGGUAAUUUAAUAAAACGUUGCACAGCACAAGUGUAGCCCAACUAUACAAGUCA